AUGCACACUGGAGAAGAACCUUGCCAAUCUAAAGACUUCAAGAAAUCUUUAAAUUUGUAUUCCAACAUUAUUCAAGAUUGGAGAUUCUAUACUGCAAAGAAAGAGCACAGGCAGGGAGAAUAUGAUGAAUAUUUCAUCUUUGCAAAGAGUCUUUUGCAACAACCAGUCUACAUUGGAGAGGCACCACACCAGUGUGGUAAAUGCAGGAAAUGCUUCAGUACUGCCUCAAGCCUCACUGUACAUCAGAGAAUUCAUACUGGAAAGAAACCCUACAUGUGUAAUAUUUGUGACAAAUCCUUUAACCAGUGUGCAAAUCUUAAAACACAUCAACGACUUCAUACUGGGGAGAAACCUUUCAUAUGCAAAGAAUGUGGAAAAUCGUUUCGUCAGUUGUCAGCGCUUAAAAACCACCAGAAAAUGCAUACUGGAGAGAAGCCUUACAAAUGUCAGGAAUGUGGCAAAUCCUUUACUGUGAAGUCAACUCUUACAAAGCAUCAGAGAAUUCAUACUGGAAAGAAGCCCUACAAGUGCAAUGUUUGUGACAAAUCCUUCAGUCAGUGCUCAAGUCUUAAAACACAUCAAAGACUUCAUACUGGAGAGAAACCUUACAAAUGCAGAGAAUGUGAAAAGUCAUUUCCUCAGUUAUCAGCACUUAAUAGCCAUCAGAAAAUGCAUACAGACAAAAGGCAUGCUGGAGAGAAGCUUUACAAAUGCAAUGAGUGUGACAGAUCCUGUAGACACUAUUCAUCAUUAAGGAGACAUCAGAAAAUUCAUUCUCUAGAGAAACUAUACAAAUGCAAAGAAUGUGGUAAGUCCUUUCUUGAAUUAUCACAUCUUAAAACACAUUACAGAAUCCACACAGGUGAAAAGCCCUACAAAUGUGAGGUAUGUGACAAGUGCUUUACUACAACCUCAACACUUAGAACACAUCAGAAAAUUCAUACUGGAGAGAAACCAUACAAAUGUAUGCAAUGUGGCAAAUCUUUUACCCAGGACUCACAUCUUAGAAGACAUCAAAGAGUUCAUACUGGAGAGAAACCAUACAGUUGUAAGGAAUGUGACAAAUCUUUUUCUAAGUGUUCAACUCUUAGAGAACAUCAGAAAAUUCACACUGGAGAGAAAACUUACAAAUGCAAAGACUGUGACAUAUACUUUACUCAGUACUCAAAUCUAAGAAAACAUCAGAAAGUUCAUACUGAAGUGAAACAUUACUUCUGUAAGGAAUGUGGCAAAUCUUUUACUAGAAGCUCAUAUCUUAGAGUACAUCAGAAAAUUCAUACUGGAGAGAAACCUUACCAAUGUAAAGAUUGUGACAAAUACUUCAUCCAGCUUUCAAAUCUUAGAACACAUUGCCGAGUUCAUAGUGGAGAGUGACCUUGCAUGUGUACGGAAUGUGGAGAAUCUUUUACUAAGUCCUCAACUCUUUGAGCACAUCAGAAAAUUCAUACUGGAGAGAAAAAUGACAUUGUGAAUAGUGUGAUGUAGCAUUUAUUUGGUAUUCUCUGCUUACAAAUCACAACAGUAUACAAAAUAGAAACAUAAAGAUGAGAAACUUGGGAAAACCUUUAAUGAGGUUUAAAUAUUAGGAAAGUAUCAGAGUUUAUAUUAAAACAAAAUUCUACAAAUGUAAUUG